AUGUUAAACCGUGAAUCUGUUGCUGGUGUGGCCUGCAGUUUCCUUGUUACGUACUACCGCGGCUUUGUGCGUGAGCAGGGAGCCGCGGCUGCCCUUGCUGAUCUCUACGGCGAGAACGCCUAUCUCACGUACGCGGAGUACAAUGAGGAGACCCCCGCUGUGGCCCACGGCCGACACGAGAUUCUCCAGCAGCUUGUGAAGAUGGAUGCGCAGCUUGGCCGCCGCAAGGUGGUGGUGAGCUUUGCCGACUACAGCCCGCUGCCCAACGGUGGUGUGCAGGUGGAGUGUCAAGGCAUUCUCCAUCUCUGCGGGCAGCGGCGGGCAUUCUUUCAGGUGUUCGUGUUGGCCCCAACGGAGUUCCGGGCAAACACCUAUCACAUCGUGACGGACUACUUCCGUGUGAUGAUGAUAGAGGUGGAGCAGAUACCAGAGGACGGCAUUGUGAUGACCCCAGCGGACGUGGCCAAACAUCUGCUGGAGGAACACGAGCGGUGUAAACGACGGGCGGAGUUGUUGGAACAACAGCGAGCGGAGGCGGAGGCGUUGCGGCUGCAGCAACAACAAGAGGCAGAAGCAGAAGCAGCAAGGCGUAAACUUCAACAACAACAACAACAACAACAAGAGGGCCGUCGUGAGCGAAGUGAGCGUCGCAAUGGUGGAAGACAUAGUACUAGUAAUGACGAUAAUGCCAAUCACAAACCGGCGAAUUACGAGAACGGUAGCAACACUCGCUUUGUACGUGGAGAACGCCAUAAUGAACAGAAUGGAGAAAGACGCCGGGAACGUCGGGAACAACGUCCGGAUGGGAAACGUGGGGAAAACAACCAAGUGAACAAUGUGAAGCCACAGGAGGAGAAUGGAAACGUCUCUUCUAGUGUGUCCCCUAAUUUAGCUGCAUCAAAGCCCACACGUGCCCCUCGUCAGCGUGAGCCACGAUCGAAUGCUAAUAAUAAUAAUAAUACCACUACUAAUACUACUACUACCAAACAAGAUGGAAACAGCAGCAACAACAACAAUGUUAACCGACCACUCCCUCGCUCUUUGGCCGCUCAGGAGGCACGUGCUGGUAGAAAGGAUGAAAACAACAACAGUAAUACGAAUACUAACAAGAACAAGAAUAUUGUGAACAAGAAGGAAGCGGCAGGAGCAUCCACAGCAGCAGCAGCAGCCGCAGCAGCACCAUCAUCAUCAUCCGCUGCAGCGGCACCAGCACCAGCGAAAACAACAAAGCCCAAUGCGACAAAGGCCGCAGAGACAACACCCAAUAAGAACGCAGUUAACUCCCGCACUCCCGCUAAACGAUCGGGCAGCACAGAUCACGUUCGUGUCCUGCGAGUACCAACAGAUGUGAAGUUGUCAGACAUCAAAGAGACGGUGAAGACAAUUCUCGGCGAGGAUCCCCUUGACGCCUACUGGUUUGGACGCUCCAGUGGAGACUGCGUGCUGCAGUUAAAGUCAACCUCGGCAGUGCAGAAGCUCACAAGCCACACCAUGACAGUGAUGGAUGUGACUCUGAAGGUGACAAGCUUUUAUCCGUAG